AUGAUUUUGACUUCAGCCCUGGUCCUUGCUGCUGGUCUGGUUCUUGCAUCCUCGAAAACCAUACCAAAAUGUCGGGCACACAAUGGCGACUUUGAUUUUGUCAUCAUUGGCGGUGGCACAGCCGGUGCUGCAUUAGCCGCUCGACUAAGUGAAGCCCUUCCAAGGCAUUGCGUUCUGGUGGUUGAAGCCGGACCAGAUGGACGUGGCGAAGAAAAAAUCUAUAUCCCUGGCUUAAGGGGCUCAACUUUCGGCUCUGCAUAUGACUGGAGUCUUCCGACUGUGCCUCAGACUGCAGCAAACAAUCGGACCAUAGGCCAUAACAGGGGUAAAGUACUUGGCGGCACAUCUGCCCUCAAUCUACUUGUCUGGAACCGCGCUACUGUCAAAGAGUAUGAUGCCUGGGAAGAGCUUGGUAAUCCGGGUUGGGGAUGGGGCAACAUGUAUCCAGCGAUGCUCAAGACUGAAAACUUCCAGCGCCAGAACGGCUCACCGCAAUAUGGCGUGGAGGGUGUGGGCUACGGAGGUCCAAUUCAAGUUGCUCUUACCGAGGACCCGCCACCUCAGCUUGAAGCCUGCAUCCCGACUCUGAAGAACCUCGGCAUCAAGGAAAACUUGGAGUCACUGAAUGGAAAUAACCUGGGUACCAUGUAUCAGCCAGCAACGUACCGUGUGUCGAAUCACACGCGGUCUUACUCGGUGGACUAUCUUUCCAAAACUGGAGAGAACUUAAUGUUCCUAUUCAACACGACUGUCCACAAAAUCCAACUUGACAAGAAGGACUCCAAAGCAACCGGCAUCAUCCUUGCCGACGGCACAUUUAUCAAAGCUAGCAAGGAAGUCGUAGUUUCAGCUGGCAGUCUUCUUUCUCCGAAGUUGCUUGAACUCUCUGGUAUUGGCCAGAAGGCCGUGCUAGAAAAGGCAGGCGUGGAGCAAAUCGUUGAUCUCCCCGGCGUAGGUGAAAAUCUGCAGGAUCACCUCCGUAUCCAAACGACGUAUGAACUCAAACCCGAGCUCCUUGGCGUGGAUAUCUUGAAAUACAACACCACGCGAGCAGCGACAGAGUUGGAAUUGUGGAAGCAGAACAAGACGUCAUUGUAUCAGUAUGCCGGUAGCUGCUAUGGAUUUCUCAAAUGGAAGCAAGUGCUCGGUAGCGAUGAGAAGCUCCUCCAAUUUGCGACGCUAUCGGCCAAUACAUCCAAUCCUAUAGACCGGAAAAAGCUCGCUCUACUUACUGAUCCUGACUCCGGAGCUCCCGACAUUGAAGUAGUCUUUGGAGGCGGAUACAUCGGAACAACUGGGUACCCCAAAAAUGGCACCGCUGGACACGGUAAACAAUACGCAACGCUUCUUGCAGGAGUCCAGCAUCCGCUCGCCAGGGGAUCCGUCCACAUCAACGGAUCUGAUCCCGCAGAUAAACCUCUGAUCAAUCCAAGGUACCUAGGCACAUCAUACGAUCUCGAAGCACUCAUAUCCGCAGCCAAGUACACGCGAAAAAUGGCGAACACGGCACCGUUUAAGGAUCUCUGGGUUUCCGAAUUCGAUCCUGGGAUGAGCACGCAGACAGAUUCAGAGUGGGAGACUUAUAUCCGAAACAACGUGUUUACUUUCUAUCACCCGCUCGGUACGUGUGCGAUGCUGCCAAAGAAGGACGGCGGUGUGGUGGACCCGCAGCUCAGGGUGUAUGGUGUGAAGAAUCUUAGGGUUGUGGAUGCGAGCAUUGUUCCGAUGAUCAUCUCUGCGCAUAUCCAAACGGCUGUCUAUGGAAUUGCGGAGAGGGCGGCUGAAAUGAUAGCCGCAGAGUAUCGGUGAUGAAGAUAAGUUGUAGGAUCACCACUGCUGCUCUGGGUCAUUAAUCAGAUGUUUACAUAUCACUGAUGACAUAUUUCUGCCUCUAUUUUUGCCAGUGCAUUGAACAAUGGCUUUGGUGUUUCCAUAUUGCGUAUAGGAGGCAAGCUGGUAUGAUAAAUUAGCUAGUCGGAGGCCAAAGCCUUGUGAUGGAUGGUGGCAUCAUAAAGGAAGCAAGGAUACGGUAAUC